AUGAGCGGAGUAUUUUCUACGAAGCAUUUACACGAUAAGGUGGUCCUGAUCACAGGCGCUUCGUCGGGUAUUGGUGCUGCAGCUGCGAUGCUCUUUGCCAGGGCAGGUGCGAACGUGGUGCUGGCCGCACGGCGCGCGGACCGCCUCACGCAGGUCCAGGCAGAGUGUGAGCAAGCGAAUCAGCAUGGCGGUACCGGCCAUGGUGGACGCUAUGCGACACUCUCGCUUGAUAUGCGCAGCAAGGAGAGCAUUGACUCGGUGCUGCAUCGUCUUCCGUCAUGGGCUGAGCAUGUGGAUGUGCUGGUGAACAAUGCGGGUCUUGCCUGCGGCACUGACAAAGUCGGAGAGAUUUCCGAGAGUGAUAUGGAUGCCAUGCUUGAUACCAAUGUGCGAGGCCUCAUGCAGAUGACACAAGUGUUUGUGCCGCGUUUCCGAGCACGCAACGCAGGCCACAUUAUCAACAUCGGCUCGAUUGCCGGCGUGGAAGCCUACCCUGGCGGCUCGGUGUACUGUGCAACCAAAUUUGCUGUGCGAGCGUUCACAUCCGCUCUGCUCAAGGAACUCUAUGAUACACAGAUCCGCGUCACGAACAUCCAGCCAGGCAUGGUCGAGACGGAAUUCAGCUUGGUACGGUACCAUGGCAACCAGUCUUCUGCCGACAAAGUGUACACGGGUCUGCAUCCCCUCACUGGCGACGAUAUUGCCGAGGAGAUUGUGUGGGCCGCCAGCCGUCCAGCGCAUGUGAAUAUUGCGGAGACGACAGUGAUGCCUGUGAACCAGGCAGGUCCGUACCAUGUAGCGCGGCCCUUGGCAUCGUCAAAGUAG